AUGAACUCCAAAUCCCUCCGCCGCCUCGCCGCAGACCACGGCUCCCUUCACACCGCCGGCCUCCCCCCAAACUAUCUCUUCCCACCGGGGUCCGACGACUCGUCAGACCUCACCUCCCUGGACAUCCUGCUCGCUGGUCCUGUCGGCACACCCUACGCAUCCGGCUUCCGAACACGACUAUGGCACCCAAACAUCGACGAGGCAACAGGCGCCGUGUGCGUCGAGACAUUGAAGCGGGACUGGAGUAGCACGCUCAAGCUCCGCGAUGUCCUCGUCACCAUAUCCUGCCUACUCAUACAACCAAACCCAGCGAGUGCGCUGAAUGAAGCAGCAGGGAAAUUGGCCACGGAGGACUGGGAGGGGUAUUGUAGGAGGGCGAGGCUUAUGACGGAUAUCCAUGCUAGUGUGCCGAGGGAUAUCGAGAAAGACGUGAGGGAAGCACAGAUGCGAGGCGAAGAUAAAACCACAGAGACGGACCAACCCAUCGGGAAAACACAUUCAAAAGGGAAGGAGACAGAGCGGGUUAAAGUCACGCCUUCCGGACCCAAACUCACGCGCAUGAAGAGUGAGGAUGAGGAGAAUAGGAGCAGGAGGGGUGGGACUCAAGAUGCAGAGAGUGGGACUGAGGACGAUGCGGUGACUGGGCGGAGGGAUGGGAUGAGGAGGAGCAAGGUGCCUGAGUCGAGGAGACAGGGUAACAUCUUUGGGAUUAAGGGCUUGGGCGAUGGAAUGCAACUCGAUUCUCCACCGCCGAAACGCAUCUUUGCUGUGCCGGGUGCGCAUACUCCGCCUGUUUCUACUCCGAACGAGAAAGAGAUUGGGAAGGAAAAUGGGGAUGGAGAGGGAGAGGAUGAGGAUCCGUUCACGACUGUCUCCUCGAAACGGAACACCCACACCGAUCCUUCUACUGCGACAGGAACAGCAGCAGCAACACAACCCGACACCGAAACCCCCGACCUCCUCAGAUUCUCAACUCAAAACCCCUUCGCCGCUAUACAGCCUAACAACCAAACUCACCCCCUCUUCAGAGAGUUUUCGUUUAGUUGGGAAGACGCUAUGGUGGUGCAUGACGCCGGUGUAAAAGGAGAUCUCGGGAUGGGCGGUGGUGUGCGUGGUAUGAGUAAAGCGGAUGUGAGGAAGAGACACGCGACGGAGGAGUUUGAGAAGAAGGAACGGUGGGAGAUGAAGAGGUUGAGGAGGGCGGGCGGCGAUUUGAAGAGGUUUAAUCGGGGGGAUUGGGGGGUUAGGAUGGGGGUUGGACGGUUGUGA